GAGGGUGGAGACUCCCCGGGGUGAGGGAGCACAGGGAGCCCAGCUGCCAGCUCCAACUGCAGCAGAUGCGAUGAUCCAGGUGCCGCUGCCCGGCCCCGCAAGCUGAGCGAGCCGAAGGGGCUGUGCUCCGUGUCCCGGAUCCUGCAGCGCUCCCUCUGCCACCUCCUCUGCAGCCCUGCCCCGCUGAGCCGGACUUGCUGCUGGUGGAGGAACGAUGGCAGAAGACCAGCCACACCUAUGCAUUCAGAUGUCAGAAUCCGGUACAAAUGGCAUUCCCAGUAGAAGGCAGUCCUUGCCAGAUUUGGCUGGCAGGGCAGGAAGCGUGCUCACCUUCCACAACAUCUGCUACCAUGUGAAGACAAAGACUGGGUUCCUGUGUUUCCAAAAAACCACCAAAAAAGAAGUUUUGAGAGAUGUCAAUGGCAUCAUGAGACCAGGACUGAAUGCAAUUUUGGGACCCACUGGUAGUGGUAAAUCUUCGCUACUGGACAUUUUGGCUGCAAGGAAGGAUCCCCAUGGGCUCUCUGGUGACAUUUUGAUCAAUGGAGCUCCUCAGCCUGCCAACUUUAAAUGUACCUCUGGGUACGUAGUACAGGAUGAUGUGGUGAUGGGAACCCUGACUGUAAGAGAGAAUCUGAAGUUCUCAGCAGCACUCCGCUUGCCAAAGUCAGUGAAGGAAGAGGAAAAAAAUGAGCGAGUCAAUCAGAUCAUCAAGGAACUGGGUUUGAGCAAAGUGGCAGAUUCCAAGGUUGGUACCCAGUUCUCUCGUGGGGUAUCUGGAGGAGAGCGGAAAAGGACCAAUAUAGGGAUGGAGCUCAUCACGGAUCCUGCCAUCUUGUUUUUGGAUGAGCCAACCACAGGACUUGAUGCCAGCACUGCUAAUGCUGUCCUACUGCUACUGAAAAGGAUGUCAAAACAAGGAAAGACAAUCAUCUUCUCUAUCCACCAGCCUCGGUACUCCAUAUUCCGACUGUUUGACAACCUGACACUUCUGGCUGCAGGGAGAGUGCUGUACCAUGGGCCGGCCCAGCAUGCCAUCGAGUACUUUCAGUCCAUUGGCUACCAGUGCGAGCCCUACAACAACCCUGCCGACUUUUUCCUGGACAUCAUCAAUGGAGACUGCACCGCCGUAGCAAUGAACAAGGCUGAUGAAAGCAACACAGCAGAGAGCACUGAAGAACCCUCUGAAUAUGAUAAAACCUUGGCUGAGCAAUUAGCAGAAAAAUACUCUAACUCUACCUACUACCUAGAAACAAAAGCACAUUUAGAGAGCAUUUCUUCAGGAAGUAAAAAGAAAGCCAAAGGAGUUUUCCGGCAAAUCACAUAUGCCAAUUCCUUCCUCCACCAGCUGAAAUGGGUGUCAAGGCGCACAUUUAAAAACCUGAUAGGAAACCCUCAGGCUUCCAUAGCUCAGCUUUUUAUUACAGCAUUCCUGGGGCUGAUUGUAGGUGCCAUUUUCUUUGGACUUGAGGAGAACUCCGCUGGACUACAGAACAGAGUGGGUGCAAUGUUCUUUCUGACCACCAACCAGUGUUUCAGCAGUGUCUCAGCUGUUGAACUCUUUGUUGUGGAAAAGAAGAUAUUUAUACAUGAAUAUAUCAGUGGGUACUACAGAACAUCUGCAUACUUCCUAGCAAAGCUGAUGGCUGAUUUAAUACCCAUAAGGACUGUGCCCAGCGUCAUCUUCACCUGCAUAGUUUACUUCAUGCUAGGUUUGAAACCAACAGUAGAAGCCUUCUUCACAAUGAUGUUCACCCUCAUGAUGGUGUCCUACACAGCCACUUCCAUGGCACUUGCCAUUGCAGCAGGACAGAGCGUGGUCGCUAUAGCAAACCUACUCAUGACUGUUGCCUUUGUUUUUAUGAUUAUUUUCUCUGGGUUGCUGGUCAAUCUCACUAGCGUCAUGUCCUGGCUCUCCUGGCUCAAAUACUUUAGCAUCCCUCGCUAUGGAAUGACAGCUUUACAGAUCAAUGAGUUGACUGGUCUGAACUUUUGUGGCAGCAGUAACAGCACAGUUUCAAGCAGUGACAGUAGAUAUCAAAAGACAGGCCUGAUGGCAUGCACUGGAGAGGAGUAUCUGGAGAGUCAAGGUAUCGAUGCGAGCCCCUGGGGCCUGUGGCAGAACCACCUGGCUCUGGCCUGCAUGACACUAAUCUUCCUUACCAUUGCCUACCUCAAACUGUGCUUCAUGAAGAAGUUCUCUUAAAACCAGAGGGAAAGAUGCAAUUCCCACUGUUCAGUAGUUUGCAGCUGUAGUAGUUGUGCAACUGACUUGAUUACUUUUAAAGACACCUUUUUUUUUACUUUUAUUAUUACCCAAUCCAAUGACAUGAAUGGCAUCCUUGUAUAUUAAAUAUGUUAUAAAGUCAUAUUAUAAUAUUGGCUUUUCACAAUUAUUGAGAUGAAUGUUAUAUGUAUAAUGUUAAAAUGGCUUUGCUGUGUGAAUGUAUUUUUUCCUUCUCCUGCUAUUAGCAAAAAAUUUAGGCAUAAGUGGUAAUAGUUGAUAUAGCAUCCUUGAACUGCUGCCAGUUAGGAUGAACUCCAGUGAACAGAUGAUGGGGACCUGGCUACUAUCAACACUCACCUCCUGUGGAAAGAAGGAGCCAAAGCCCAAAUUAAAAGAUGCAAAGAAGAGGAUUAAAACCACAAGCCAAGAAAUGUGCAUGCUCUAAAAAGGCAGAUCCAAGGAGUGGCCAUGCUAAAUAGUUCCUGGAAGAUGUAAACUAAUUAAUGGAAAAGUUUGAAUAUGCAUAAAGUCUAUGAAUA